UUCCCGUUAAUUUUACUCUUCCUUAAUUCAGCUCUUUGAAGUCUCUAUUUUUUGUCCCUCAAUUUCUCGUGGCCUAAAAAUCUUAAAGCCAGCCUCCUUCAUUUGGUUGAACGAGGAAGUUUGAUAAUGGGCAGGUCUCCUUGCUGUGAUAAAGUAGGCUUGAAAAAAGGACCAUGGACUCCUGAAGAAGACCAGAAGCUUUUGGCUUACAUUGAAGAAUAUGGCCAUGGAAGCUGGCGUGCUCUGCCUGCAAAAGCUGGGCUUCAAAGAUGUGGGAAGAGUUGUAGAUUGCGAUGGACAAACUACCUCAGACCCGAUAUCAAAAGAGGAAAGUUCAGUUUGCAAGAAGAACAAACCAUCAUUCAACUUCAUGCUCUUCUUGGAAACAGGUGGUCGGCCAUAGCAACUCACUUGCCAAAGAGGACGGACAACGAGAUCAAGAACUACUGGAACACUCAUCUGAAGAAAAGGUUAAUGAAGAUGGGUAUCGACCCGGUGACCCACAAGCCCAAAACGGAUGCUCUCGGCUCCGGUAGCUGUAACCCCAAGGACGCCGCCAACCUCAGUCAUAUGGCUCAGUGGGAGAGCGCUCGACUCGAAGCCGAAGCCAGACUUGUUAGGGAAUCCAAUCUGGUAACCAAUCCUCUUCAGCACCAACUCGGCUCUUCCUCCUCUUCUACCACCACUCAGCUCAUCAACAAGCCCGCCACCGGAGCUCCGCCGCGGCCACUGCCGUUGCCGUGCCUCGACGUGCUCAAAGCAUGGCAAGGGGCAUGGACAAAACGGACUAGAGAGAAUUGUACUGCUUCAUUUCCGGGCAUGAUGGACAUGGAUGACCUGGAAUCUCCGACAUCCACGUUGAAUUUUCCGGAUAGCUCGUUUCCGGUUCAGACAGUAGGGUUCGGAGAAAAUGCCGUCCGAGCUCUCGAGUUCUCCAAAAGUACGGUACUCACGUGCGAAUCCUCACAUGGUUGGAAAUUGAACCAGCAGCACCAGCACCAGCAUGUCAAUAUGCCGGAGCUUAAAGAGAGGCUGGAUAACAACACGGCUGCUUUGCACGACAUGCCGUUGUCGUAUGGGUGUACGGACGGCAAUGCAUGGUUUAUAGACAGUUUUAGGACAGGGAACGACCAGAAUGUGAGUCCUCUGCCUCCUAUUUCGAACAUUAUGGAAGGUUUGGCGGAUAUGUUUGCUUAUAACAGUACAGCCGGCGAGCAGAAUAGUUCGGUGGUGGCCGCAGAGAGUUCCGACAAUGGCACUUUUGAAGAGAAUAAAAGCUAUUGGAAUAGCAUACUGAAUAAUUUGGUGAACACUUCGUCAUCUGGGUCCCCUGUGUUUUAAUUGGAAAGUAUUGUCUAGUCUAGCUUUGGACAUGACCGAUAACAUUAAGAAUGAUUAGCAACUUUAAUUAAUUAGUGUACUAAUAAGGGAACAAAAUAUUUUAAAUAACAA